GUAAUGUGGCGCCGUUCCCAAAGCUCCGCCAAGCCCCAGACCCAGACCCAGGCCCUCGCCAGAAGCUGGUGAACGUGAUGUAAACAAACGUUACCUACUGUGUACAUGUCAGUCCAGCCCCCAGACAAACGUUGUAAGAUGUCAGCACUGCACGUUGUAUGCUCACCCCCUGGAAGGCUGAAGGGUGCUCUCGUGUCGCCGGCAGUACAAGCGUGAGCGGUCAUCUUAUGCGGUGAGGGAAUAUGUCAGAUGACACCUACAAAUUCAUGAAAACAUGGAGGAAUCAAAUGUAGCCGCAGCUUUUAUAGAGGCAAUCAUGAACGAAACAAGCAACAGCACUGAAGAUUACAACUCCAAUAAUAUGGAUAUGAAGAACGGUGACAUAGCAAUGGUGGAUGCAGCUGCUGAUCUUAGGAGUAUUGAAAGCUUAGCUGAAGAUGAGGAAAAUUCAGGUGGGAUGGUUUUCAUCGCUAAAGAAUUAAGUGUUGGUUUAUCUAGUGACAAAGAAGAAAGCCAAGAUGUUACAGCUGAUGGCAGUGAAGCCUCAUCACUUUCUGGCCCGCUUGAUCAAGCUGCCCAAUAUCUGCAAGCAUCAUCAUUGCCAACCCCAAUUGAUCAAGCUGCCCAGGAUCUGCAAGCCUCAUCACUGCCAACCCCAAUUGAUCAAGCUGCCCAAGAUCUGCAAGCCUCAUCACUGCCAACCCCAAUUGAUCAAGCUGCCCAAGAUCUGCAAGCCUCAUCACUGCCAACCCCAGUUGAUCAAGCUGCCCAAGAUCUGCAAGCCUCAUCACUGCCAACCCCAAUUGAUCAAACUGCCCAAGAUCUGCAAGCCUCAUCAUUACUUGGCCCUAUUGAUCAAGCUGCCCGAGAUCAGCAGGCCCAGGAGGAUGAGCUGCGUGAGCUGGGUAUCAAUGUGGUGGACCAGUUGUCGCUGGAGCGCAAUGUUGAGGCAGCUGUUGACAAGGUGGUUACAAUGCACACUCGCAAGCAGAGAUUUCAAAUUCUUAAGAAGGAAAUCAAAGAUAUACAGAUGGAGAGGAAGCAGGCAGAAAAUAAAAUGCAGUCACUGAGGAAUAGAGUGACAGGUAUGAGGCAGCGUGUUGUAGACCCUCGGAUGUUCUUUAAGGUGGAGGAAGAAGUGAAAACCAAAACUGAGCAGCUCAAGACUCUGAGAGCUCGAGAAAACUUCUUACAACAGAAGCUUGCAUCUGCUACCACUAAUGAAGAAGAGCUUGAUGAUUUAGAGCUUGAAGAAGGAGAAAUACCAGAUACAGAUGAUGUCUCUGAGCAAGACGUUGUAGAUGAUAAGGAAAGAGAAAGACUUAUUCGUGAAGGCCAAAUGACACCGUUUGGAACCAUCUCCACCGCCAGCAAGACCGUUUCAUUUCCUCGGCCAGCCAAACCUCACUCAAAGGAACCUAUUUCAGCGAGGAAGAAGGUUGCUUCCAAGGAUGCCGCUAAAGCUGAAAUGAUCAGCCGCGGGGAAAUGACACCCUUUGGCACAAUCAUACAGCCUUCUAAUAGUGACAGUAUUUCAGGUAAGCAGUCUGGAGCUGCUGGAAAGUUUGAACAAUAUCUUCAAGAUCAAAUCAAUCGGCAAAAACAUCGCAAUGUGUCAGGCAAAGACGUUCACCACAAGAAGUCUUCAGGUGACCCCAGCUAUGGUAUUCCAAAGAAGAAAAGGAAAAUGAAGGAGUAUGUAGGGAUAUAUGAUUCUGAUAAAACGGAAAACAGUACUAAAGCGUCACCUCGUAAGAAAAAGGCAAAGGCUGGUGCCACUGGGAAGAAAGACCCUCUCAAGAAACGUAUUCUUCAUCCCAAGAAGAGAAAGAAAGAAAAAGUCUCUGGUACAAUCACAAGCACAUCAGAAGCAGAUCAGCUGAAGCUUCCUCCGCGUCGGUUGUUGUCAGAGCGUAUGAGCCUCGAAGAAAGUGAUUAUGACAGCAAAGAUGAAGGAAGUGGUUCAGAAUACGUUCCAUCUGACCAUGAAAGUCCUGAUUUAAUGGAAGAGAGUGAUGACAAUUUUGAAAGUGAAGCUGUUGCUAGUGAGAAAAGGGUACCUACUGCAAAAGGAAGAAAGAGAAAAAAGAAAUUAGAUGAGGACAGUGAUGAAAUGCUGUCUGAGGAUGAUAUUCCCAAAACAAAAAGGAAAACUUUAAAAUCAAAAGAUGAUGGAAAUUUGGAUGAUUAUCUGUUUAGGAUCGAAACUUGGAAAAAAGAGAGGUUGAAAAGGAAACAGAGUAAAAUCCUCAGAGGAGAAGAUUUAGACUCGGAUGAGGAAGAAGAGGAAGGCUAUGAGCAGUUUACAGGGGGCUACAAAGUUCCCCUGAUGAUAUGGAACAAGCUCUACAAGUACCAGCAAACAUGUGUCCGGUGGCUGUGGGAGCUACAAAGCCAAGGUUGCGGAGGAAUUCUGGGGGAUGAAAUGGGCCUGGGGAAAACCAUUCAGAUAAUAUCCUUUCUAGUGGGGCUGUCCUAUUCAGGCCUCAACUAUAGGAGACAGAGGUGGAAGGGCCUGGGACCAGUGUUGGUGGUGUGCCCGGCAACUGUCCUUCAUCAGUGGGUGAAGGAGUUCCACAAGUGGUGGCCUCCCUUCAGGGUGGCUGUCCUGCAUGAGUCAGGCUCCUUCGUGGGCAAGAGGCCGGCCCUCAUCCACAACAUCAACAGUUACUGUGGCAUACUGGUGACUUCUUAUACUGGUGUGCGGGACCAGCUGGAGACACUGCUGCAGUAUGACUGGCAUUACAUCAUCCUUGAUGAAGGACAUAAAAUUCGCAAUCCAGAAGCUCAGAUUACAGUAGCUCUUAAGAGGUUCCAGACUCCACACAGAUUAAUUCUUUCAGGUUCACCAAUACAAAAUAGCUUGAAGGAAUUAUGGUCACUGUUUGACUUUGUGUUCCCCGGCAAGCUGGGGACACUGCCAGUAUUUCUGCAGCAGUUUGCAGUGCCCAUUACUCAGGGGGGCUACGCUAAUGCCACGAAACUGGAGGUUCAGACUGCCUUCAAGUGUGCUUCCAUGCUGCGUGACACCAUAAAUCCCUUCCUGUUGCGUAGAAUGAAGAAUGAUGUAAGAAGUCACCUCAAUUUGCCGGACAAAAAUGAGCAGGUUCUCUUUUGUGGACUGAGUGAUGAGCAACGUAAGAUUUAUCAGGAUUAUCUGAAUGGAGACCAGGUGAAGGCCAUUGUGGGUGGGCGAGCAAAGGUUUUUGUGGGGCUAAUCAACCUUCGCAAGAUAUGUAACCACCCAGACCUGUACACGGGAGGCCCACGCGGCGAAGACGUGGCAUGGGACUCCGGACUUCAGCCUGAACUGAGAUAUGGGUGGUGGUCACGCUCUGGCAAGAUGCAUGUUCUGCACUCAAUUCUGCGCCUCUGGUCUCAACAGAGCCAUAGAGUUCUACUCUUCACCCAGUCAUGCCAAAUGAUGUGCAUUCUGGAGAAGUUCCUAAUGGAUGAAGGUUAUUCCUACCUCAAAAUGGAUGGGGCCACAGCAGUGUCUUCCCGCCAGCCUUUGAUCGAGAAGUUCAACACUGACUCAUCCUACUUUGUGUUCCUCCUCACCACCCGUGUUGGCGGCCUUGGAGUGAACCUGACUGGUGCUGAUCGCGUCAUAAUUUUUGACCCUGACUGGAACCCCUCCACAGACGCUCAGGCUAGGGAGAGGGCGUGGAGGAUUGGCCAGCUGCGCAAUGUCACUAUUUACAGGCUACUGAUGGCUGGUACCAUCGAGGAGAAGAUCUACCAUCGGCAGAUCUUCAAACAGUUCCUGACCAAUCGUGUCUUGAAAGAUCCAAAGCAGCAAAGAUUCUUCAAGACUAAUGAUCUCUAUGAACUUUUUUCUCUGACUGAGGGUGAAAAAGAGAAGACAGAAUCAUCAGCAAUAUUUGCUGGCACUGGUUCAGAAAUUAAACUUGGAGUGAGGAAAAGUCCAAAGAAAAUUGAACUGAGUGAAAUCUUAGAAGAUAGCUAUGCACCCAAAAAGAGAGCACCAUUAGUGAAAAAAGACACUGGUAAAACCCAGUACAAAAAUGGUGAAAAGAUUAAGAGGAAGAGCUCAGAACGAUUAGAUGACAAAGGAAAUGACUGCAGUGGACAAAUAAAACCUAGUCAAGUGGAAAAGAUGAAAGAACUUGCUAAAUUCUUGAGCCAAAAAAUUGGGACUUCUAAAAAGUCACAAAAUGAGUCAACCUCAGGUCUUAUGACUAUUGGAGAAGCUUCAGGGAGUAAGGGAGGCAAGAGCAACACUGGUGACUCAAAUGUUACAUCUCAAAGCAAUGAUGCAGAGAUGGAGGUUGAUAUAAAGAAGACAGAAAAUAGUAGUAAUGAAGAAAACAUAGAUAAUCAUGCAUCUGAGAACUUGAUACCAGAUAAAACCAAGACUUUGCAUACAGAGGAUGUGACAAAUUCAACUGAAAGUACAGUUUCACAUGGAGAUUCAUCUGAAAGCACUGUUAAAAAUAAUUCUGUUGAUGCAGCUGUUAAACCAGAAAAUGACAAAAAAGAAUCCAAACUAACUGAAAGUAUAUUAUUCAAGGCAUUAAGUGUGAGUAAUAAUACAAAUAAAAACAAGGACCCAAAAAGUCAGUCCGACCUCUCAAGAACAAACAGUGAAUCAGGUACAGAGGUGAUUCGACAUAAAGGUAAACAUAGGAAAAAGGAUAAAGUUAGGGACAAAGAGAAACAUAAGGAAUCCAAAAAGAAGGGAAAAAAGUUUGAGGGAGAGCGCAUUGAAUUUUUAGUAAAGAAGAGAAAGUUUCGGAAAACAGAGGAGGAGGAAAAGGAAGAACAGGAACUUUCAAAGUCGCAAGACCAGUACGUCCUUGAGAAGCUCUUCCGUAAAUCUGGGAUCCAUGGUGCCCUCAGCCAUGACGCAAUAAUGAACAGUAAUGAUGCAGAUUAUUUACUGGUGGAAGGGGAGGCCGAGAGGGUGGCCAAGGAAGCUCUGAAGGCCGUAAGAGCCUCUAGGUCUCGGUGCUUCAGACCUCAACCAAUAGGCGAUACAACACCAUCGACUGCAAAGAGCACACCUAAAUUUGGGAAGAAGAAGAGUCAGGUAUUUGAUGAAAUUCCUUCUGCAAAAGGAAGCAAAAGCAAGGAUGACAAUUGUAAAGAGAAUAAAGUCCCAAUGUUUAGUGGAGGGUUUGUUGAAAAGUUGGCUGAGAAGAAAAAUACUAGUACCAUAAAGGAAGAUGAUGGGCACAAAUCAGCCAUCCCUCUUAGCGACCAAGGUGAGGGGUCAAGUGGGAUGCUGUCUUCCUCCCAACUGCUUUCCCGAAUGAGGCAGAGAAACAGCGGUAUUGCUCUCGAUUCAGAGGAUGAGGAUGGAGAAGGUUACAACCCUGACUAUCCAUCAACAGCUACAGUUGAUGAAGAGAGUUUAGAACCUGAGGUGCAAGAAAACAUUGACUUACUAGCAGACAUCAGGAACUUUGUGGCAUUCCAAGCAGAAGUUGAUGGGCAAGCCAGUACUCAGGAAAUAUUAGCUAGGUUCAAGGAACGCUUGCCCCCCAGCCAGACACCCUUCUUCAAGGCUCUCCUCACCCAGAUCUGUGACUUUCACAGGGAGAGCAGUGGCAAAGGCAUCUGGUCACUGAAAGGAGAAUUUAGAUAGUGAAAAAAUGUGAUAGACUGCUGGAAACUUAAUCAGUAUUGAUAUAUAUCUAAUGUAUGCUUAUAUUCAUAUGCAUAAAUAUUAUGAAUUGGUCAAAUUGGUUUACAUAUAUUUUUUUAAAACUACUUUCAAAGAUGAAGUCCUGGAAACUCUUUUCAUAUGUCCCAGUAAAGUGGAGGAAACAAUCCUACCUCAAGCACAUGAUGAGAAAACAGGGAAUUCUUUCCCUCCCACGAAAAUAUCCCAAGAGAAGGCGACGGGACAAACAAGGGGGAGUAACGGUAAACUCUGUGUGCUGAGGUGCUGGUGCACAAUCACCACUUAGUAAUUUGGUUUCAGGAUUUGCUUUAAACCUUGAUUUAUACAUUCUACUACUUAAUAAUAUACAAAGUAAUUUAUUAAAGAUUGUAUAUAUGUAUUCACAUAUUUCAAAUUGUUAUUUAGUUCUGUUGUAAAAAUAGUAUUUUUAAUGUGCUAUACAUUAACCCACUGUAAAAAAUGCAUAUGUAUAUUUUUUUUACUGAAAAUGUAUUAAUUAUUGAAUACAUGGGCAUACCCAAGGGUUGGGUGAUGUAGCUGUAUAUUCUUCAUGAAGGGAAAUUAGUUUUCAUUUUUAUUAUAUCAUUAAUUAAUUUAUUAAUUAUUUUUCAAGAUGCAUUGUUAGAAAUUUGAAAAGUAAAAUCCACUUAAUAAACUUCUGAAAUGGCCCUGUCAGUGCUAAAAAAAAUAAUUCCAUCAUUUUCCGAUGUCAUAUCUUUCACAAUAAAGGAUACUGUUCAAGAGAGUGAACAGAAGAGACUUCAGAACACUGCUUCCAUGAACAGAGGACUGGGAGAGUUCCCCAAAAUAGUCAGAUUAGGUCCUGAUACUCUACUUUUGAAAGAAUUAAUUAAAAAUACAAAAAAGGAAUACACUAAGCCCUCAAUUAACAGCGUUUCAUUCAAGGUUGGUUCAUUAUUAUGGUGAUGGGAAAUUGAAUACAAAUUCUAUAAUAAUAGUGUGUAAAAUGUACAGCAACCAUUCAAAAAUGUCAAUGUACCAGCUGACCAUCUGCUCUUAGAGUGAAACCAGAUUGGCGAGAUAAUUUUUGCAUUGGUUCCCACAGAUGCUUUCCUACCCCUUGCUCUACCACACAGUCUCAACACUUGUCUUUUCCUCUCAUAUGUUGGCUACAGGUAACUUAUGAGAGAAAUAAAUAGGUGUUGGGGCUGUGUGGCAGAGCUGUGGGAAGGAAAAGACCCGCAGGAUCUAGAGCAAGAAUGAUCUCGUCACUCUGGCUUCACUGUAGUAAUGUUCUAAUUUCAUUAACUUGCUAAUGUUGUUACCUGACUUUUUAUAAACAGAAACAUACAUCAAUAAAUACUUUUCAAUAGUA